AAAACGUCAAGUUGUGGCAGUACUCGUCCUAAUAGAUUGACCACUGAGCUGCUCACCACUCGACUGUAGCCAGUAAAGGUUGCUAUUGAAUCAGAGAACGAGAUAAGCUAGCCAUGUCACUGGGACCACUGCCUAACCUGACUAGCUAUGGGGGAGGAGGGGAACUGGACCAGAAGUGUAAGGAGGAGGGUGCCUCGUUGUACGUUCAAAUCAUGGGCACUAUUAUCUUUGUGGUCGUAUGGCCAUUCAUUGUCCUGGAUAUGAAGUGGUUCCCUCUGGGCAGACCUGCAGCUGCUAUGGUUGGAGGGGGGUUGAUGGUCGUCUUCACCAUUGUCGGACAAUUAGAAACGUAUGAUAUUCAGGGAGAGCUCGGUAACAUGCAGACAAUUUUUCUAUUGGUCGGAAUGAUGAUGUUGUCCUACUACUAUGACAGAGAAGGUCUACUUCGAUUGGUCGCUAUAACUAUUAUUGGAGGAGAGGCAAAAUCGUUCAAGUUUAUCUUGUGGAAGGUGUGCUUGCUGUCUGCUGUCCUAUCUGCCUUGAUCACCAACGAUGCAGCUGUACUUGUGCUCACGCCACUGCUUCUUUUGGAAUUCAAAAAGCAAAAAAGAAGCAAAAGAGAGCUCCUACCGCUCUGUCUUGGAAUCGCCACAGCAGCCAACAUUGGCAGUGCAGCGACAGUCUUCGGUAACCCACAGAAUGCCUUCAUUGCUGCCUAUGCCGGAGUCAACCUCUUGCAAUUCUUUGCAGCUCUACUUCCAGCUGCACUUAUCGGAACCGUCGUUGAUAUCGUCCUCCUUUACCUCUUCUUCUGGCGUACGGUGUUUGAUAAAUAUGAUAAGACGGAUGACGAGAACAUGGGCACAGACUCAGUGCAAGGAAACUACACUGUUCCUGGAACUCUGGCAGAGGAGAGAGAGUCUAUUGCAUUGAGUUACGAUCAAAGCCAAGACCCUUACCUGUCCAGCCGCAUUGCAGCAGAGAGAGGACAACUCUACGACAAAGACAACCACUCCAGCUCCUAUCAACGUCGUCAGAGGCAGAACAGUACUAGCCCGUACCCACGCUCCAAGAAUGUACCAGAUAUAAGAGUGGACGGAGACAAAGCACCUCUAGUUGAGAACAGCAAUGGAAAGGAGUACGGAUCUGAAAGCAGUGAUAUUGAUAUAGUGAAGAUCAAGAGCAUUAAGGAACGUAACUGGAGGGAGAGGAGUUUCAUGGUCUGGCUCGUUUUCAUCACGUUCUGUGUCGUCGUACUCCUCGCCAUCCCACCACCGCCUACAGUUCCUGUGCAGUUCAACCUUGGACUUGUUCCAGUGGGUGCUUCAGUGUUUACGAUGCUCGUCGAUACCAUCUUGAUGAAGACGUAUGCCUACGAUGCCAUGCUCAAAAUUGAUUGGACAGUCAUCCUCAUGUUCAUGGGUCUCUUCGUCUGGCUCGGAGGAUUCCAAAACACCUGCUACCCUGAGAUCCUCUUUGAUUAUUCUGCUGACUACAUGAAUCUGUACAGAGUUGAAGGAGUGCUCCUAUUCACUGUGUUUGUGAUAGUUGGUUCGAAUAUCUUCUCGAAUGUGCCUCUCACAAUUUUGAUUGUUGACCGUAUCAAAGUUCUGUGCGGUGAAAACGAGUGUGAAGGACCACUAGGAGGUCUGCUGCUUGCUUGGAUCUCCACCAUAGCUGGCAACUUCACACUGAUUGGGAGUGUGGCCAAUCUCAUCGUGGCUGAGAAGGCAAGGGGAACUGUCGGUUACAGAGUUACCUUCUGGAACUACUUCAAGUUUGGAGGUUUUUCAACAACCAUUAUUCUGUUUUCUAUGCUUCCGAUCGUGUACUUUGUAGGUGCUAAUAUUUAAAGCUGAUUCUGAACAUUUAGGAACUUUAGAAAUAAUUAUAGAUAUCCACUGACAAUUUAUUUAAGUUUAAGAUCACUCAAACAUUUCUCAGUUGAAUAAUUUUCAUUGUCUGUGUACAUGUAUAAUAAUUAUUAUUUGUUGGUGUACAAUAA